CCUCGUCUUCAGGUACUGGAAAAUUCGCCGCCUGAGCGAAAGCAUGAACGAAUUUUGCAAGUCCCGCCCACCUCAGUGACUCUCAACUUUAGUGAAAGUAUAUUUCUUGGCGAAGACAUCGAACCUGGAUAUGCCGUUAUUGAUGCAGGCGCCAAUGGUACUAGAGCUGACUGCAACCUUAAUGACAAUGAGGGUGGCCGUAAAUGUGGUGUUUGUAUCGGAAAACUGCCACCAUUUCAACUACUUUGGGACAAUAUACAGACAUGGGAGAGAUGCUGCGGAGUAUUAAGCUUUCGUGACUAUAUACCCAUCAGACGAAUACCUCAAUCCGGGAAUGCGAUGAUCCCGCCUACCUGUUGCCACAAUCCAAAGAACGAGGACUGCCAGCGAAACCCUAAUCUUUUCAAUAGCUACAUUGCAUGGUCUUGUGAUAUGGCGAUAUGGAAUCGUAUUGCCGAAUCCUAUGAAUUUGUUGUCACAUGUCUCAGCUUUUUCCAAUUCUAUCUCUGCAUUUUUGUGAUUCUCCUCGUCAUGGCUGCCCUGCUCGCCUGA